AUGUUAAAUUUGCGUGAGUUACUAUACAGUGGAUAUGUCGCUUUAUGUAAGUUAAAUCUUUAUCGUUCGAAAAAACCAUUAGAAAAUGUCGACAGAGAAUAUCAACUUAAAACUGAACUUAUUUCUACUCGUCUAUAUAUUUGUUUAUUGCUUCUCUCAUUCACCAUUUUUUGUACCUAUACAUCUCUGGUAUCAGUAACACAUAUAACUGUUGUUGAUGCACCAAUACUAGAAGAUUACUUAAAUCUCUAUCAAAAAUAUGAAACAAAGUUGACCUGUCCUUGCACGAAUAUAGCUAUUGCUCAAAGGGAUUUUAUAUCACUGAUUCCGACAUUUCAUCAAGUCUGUUAUAGUGAUUUUGUCAAGAAAAGUUGGUUAUCUUAUCUUAAUGCUGCUUCUGGUAAGAAUUUAUCAUCUGAUUUUCGCAGUCAAGGAGGUGUGCUUUUUCAAAUACUUGCCUCAUUUUGUCGCCUUUCUCAAGAUACGAUUAAAAACAGUUUAAACCAAUUUUAUUCAACACGUUUCAUAUCGAAUGACGUGCUAGACGAAGUAUUACUACACAACCAAAGUCGAUCACAUAUUGAAACAUAUAAGUCAGCAACUGCCAAGGAAUUUGUUAACUCAUUUAAUAAUAUACGUGAUGUAAUUUCUGGAAAUCAACUACUUUCAGGGUUCCUUACUAAUUUUGACUUUAAAACUUCGAAAUACAGUUCAAAACCUCAAGGAUAUUUAGUUUUAUAUGAAUCGAAGGUUUAUAAUAUGUCCGGUGGAUGUAAUUGUGCUGAUACACCUUUAUGUAUCUUUCCUGUAUCCAUCAAUGAUCACAUUACUGGUCAUGUGAUAUUCGUCGUUCAAGGCCUCUAUACAGGUUGUUUGUUUGUCGAAGCAAUGCGUCAAGCAAAUCUUCAAUGUUUAUAUAAUCAAACAUGUCUUAAUGAAAUAAACAAGUAUAUUCGAUCUUCUAUAUCAUUUAAUGCCACAGCACUCAAUAGUUUUGCACCAAGUCGUUACAAUACAUCAACAGAUAUAAAUCAACUCUUGACCGAGCUCAUGGUAGAAUCAUGGAUCGAAAAUAUUUCUCAUUCUUCUUAUUAUGAUCAGUGCCAACCCGCUCAUUGUGUUUAUACAAUAGUUGGAAAAAAUAGUGCCAUUUACAUUAUUACUAAACUACUUGGUCUAAUCGGUGGUGUUUGUAAGGUUCUCUACUUUCUUACACGGAUUGUUGUCAAAAUUAUCCGACGUCGACGAGUCAUCAGUAGUUUCGUUCUGCUCGUAUACACGGCUACACAGACUAUUACCAACACAAUAACUAUUGAGAAACCGUCAUUCGAUAGAUAUAAAACAUUAUACAGCCAACAGCAUGAAGAAUUAUCGUGUCCAUGCUCAACAAUUACCGGUGAAUAUAAAGAUUUUCUAUGGAUUACACCUGUAUUUCAUCCAGUUUGUACCAGUGAUUUUGUUCGUGAUAAGUGGAUCAAUUAUACGCUUCCACAUGCUGCAUCUAAGCUUGGUUUUCAUCCUCAAGCUCGGGCAAUAUUUCAUGUUUUGAGAAUAUUUUGUUUGCAAGCUAAUGAUACUAUAUCUACUGCGAUCAUUUCUUUUAAUUCCACUAAAAUGAUUUCGAUGCAACUACUUUCAAAAGAGAUAUUUCAUAGGCAAAUACAACAAUUCAUUGAUACAUUUAUUAACUCGACAAUGAGUAUCUUUUCUUAUGAACUUAGUUCUAUCCGUACAAUAAUUCAAGCCAAUUUCAUCAUGUCUGGACUUAAUACACAAUCUUACAAUUACUUCGAAGAAGAAGGUUCUUCAUUUACACAUUUUAUUAUACCGGCUGAGUAUGGCAGCUGUUCUUGCUCUGCAUCUGGAAAAUGUCAAUUAAGUGCAGAAAUCAUUACUCAAAAUAGUACACAUUUCCGCCCUUUAUACACAAUACCAGGAUUUUAUGUUGGCUGUUAUAUUGAUGAAGCACUAUUGAGAUCAACUCUUGAGUGUUAUUUUAAUCAGUCAUGUCUCAAAGAAUUUGUAUUCUAUCUUAAUCACAGUAAAUCAACCAAUAUCAUGUCGCUUGAUUCGAAUAUGAUCAGUAAUUUUAAUACCACAAGUACAGUUGGCCAUCUCGUCAGAAAUUUAAUGGUUGAUCGAUGGCUGAGUAACGAUUCUUUCCAGGAUUACUUUGACAAAUGUCGUCCUUCGUCAUGUUUCUAUACGUUGACCAUUAUAACACCAUUUAUUGUCGCUGUUACUACAUCAAUCGGAAUAAUCGGUGGAUUAAUUAAAGUCUUACGUAUUGCUGUACCAUUAAUUAUAAAAUGUAUGAGAUACCGCAAACAAGUACGAGAAACACGCAUAGAUCUACGGACUCGUAUUCGAAAUCUCUAUGAAAAAGCAAAACACACUUUACGAAACUUGAAUCUAUUCUACUCGACAGAGUCAUCGGAAAAUGAACGCACUGAUUAUCAAAUUAAAACUGAACUCAUUUCUACUCGUCUAUUUAUUUGCGUAUUGUUUAUCUCAUUGAGCAUUCUUCUUAUCUAUACAUCUCAAGUGUAUGUGACACAAACAAUUCCGCUUAAUACAACAUUAUUGAAAGAUUAUGAAUCUCACUAUGAAAAAUAUGCAGAAGCAUUGAUCUGUUCUUGUACGAAUAUAGCUGUUACCCAAAACAAAUUUAUUUCGUUAACUUCGGUAUUUCAUCAAGUCUGUGACAGUGAUUUUGUAAAUCCACGUUGGCGUAAUGGUAUCGACAAAACAUACCUGGGCAUUGGUGCGUAUCAAAAAGACUUUCGAUUUCGAGGUGCAUCUACAUUCGCUGCGCUUGAUUCUGUGUGUUCUCUAGCUAAAACCAGCAUUACAAACUCUUUGAUUGAUUUUAAUUUGACAACAUUUAUUUCAAAAAAUCUUUUAUCACAGAACAUGUUGUGGGCGCAAAUGAAUGCCAGUAUUGAUUUAUAUACUAUGUCGAUAGAAUACGCCUUUGGUCGUUCACUUGAAAUUAUACGUGAUUUAAUACAUGGUAAUGGACUUAUGUCAUCAACUCUGUCAAGUCUCACCGUUAAAUUGGAGCCUGAAAAAAAUUUUACAGUUCAACCACAAUACAAAACGUAUGACGAAGGUCCAGAUGGAGGUGAAUGUUCAUGUCAUGAUUCACCCAGCUGUAACGAAAGACAAUACGUUUAUUUAAAUAGAAGUAAGCAUAGUCGAGAUAUCUAUGUACCAGGAUUAUUAAUCGGAUGUUAUGGGUUUGAAGCACUAUUACAGUCAAAUUUAAUUUGUUUUUUUAAUCAAUCUUGUAUCGACGGUCUACGUAAAGCUAUUUUAUUCAAGGAUAAUUUCACUACUUCAGCACUUGAUCAGUCGAAGUUGUUUUACUUUAAUCCGAAUAGCACAAUCAGAAGUAUGAUGGAAAAAGCUAUGGUUGAAAAAUGGGUAAAUAGUAGUAAUUAUGACGAAUAUUAUAAUCAAUGCCGUCCGAUUUAUUGCAAAUACACAUAUAAAAACAAAAAUAAUACUAUAUAUAUUAUCACGACAUUAUUUGCUUUGAUUGGUGGAGUUUCAACUGUACUAAGAUUUAUUGUACCUCGGUUUGUCAAAUUACUUCGAAAAAUUUUACUUAGACGGCAGCAACGACGUACUGCAAUCGACACAGUUGCUUGA